CUUGGCUUCUGCUUGCAGCUAUGUGGCUGGUUCUCUUACUCCUGCUGUGGCUGAGCCCUGUGGCCCCAAACUCAGAGACAGGCAGCUGCUCCCAACCCCAGCCUCUCUGCUGCCUUGGAAGAGAUCACCACUGCAAGAGAGGGAGCUGCUACUGUGAUGCAUUCUGUCGUGUGGUACCUGACUGCUGCCCAGACCAUCAUGCCCUCUGCAACUCUGGUAACUCACAUGCAGGCUCUUUUCAACCCCCAGAAGAUCUGGGUGCUGUGACUGACAGAGCUUCUCAGAAUACCAAGAUGGUGCUGCAGAUGGUGUUGAGGGUGGAGAAUGCACCAAGUGCUGCCAGAAUCAAUGUCGACAGGAUGCAGAGCAUGGUCCAGCGGUCUCUCCAAACCAGCCUCCCAGGGAUGUCCUUCUCCAUCUCCGUGAAGGGAGCCAGGGAGAGAGCCUCACACCUCUCCUGAAGCUCCUCCCCAGGGCCAGGGAGCAGAGUUCACUUCGCCCACCUGGACCUGCUGGGCACAGUGGCGCUUGCCUCUCAGCCGCCAUCCUGUGUGCUUCCACAGUGGUCCAACCAGAGGAAAAUGGAAAUCUGCAAUUGUUGUAAACACAUCAAAAUCUGCAUAGAAUCAGCCAUAUGGAUUAAAACACAUGCAUUUGG